ACCAUUGCAAAUUAUACAUGUUGCUGCAAAUUUCAUGAGGAUAUGGUCGAUAUACUCCAUGUAUCGCUACUUAACCCAAAGUGGAGCUUCGGUUGUUCUUUUCUUGUUUGCCUGCAUAGCUCCUGCAGCAAUCCUCUUUUUGAUUUUGCAAAAGCCUUGGAAGGGCAUGCCACUUUCUAAUACACAGGUUGUGCCAUCCAUAAUAAAUGGUGCUAUAACAGCACUGUAUUUUGUCUUGUGGGGAAAGGGACUGAGAUCAUAUGGACCAGUUAGAGCAAUACUGUCUGAGUAUUCUGGUGCUGUCCUUGGGGUACUAUCUGCACUGUUAUAUGGGAGGAGAAGCAAUUUGUAUAAAAAGGUGAAACUUUCAGAUUGUAACAUUCAUAGAUAUAUCAUACAAAUGUGUCCUCAUGAUGCUUCCAAAUGAUCGUGGGUUGUUGGA